CCAAUCGGACAGGAUUCCUAAAAAAACACAUUAACAUUUUGGUUAAAACGAUGUUUUUACCUAUUUUUACGGCGAAUUUUACGAAUUUCUAUCGCGUUCAAAGAUAGAAAUGUGUAUUUACUCUAGAAGAUCAGUUAAGAAAACAUUAUAUAUACAGGAUGGUCUAUAAAUAGCACUACGACACGAAAAAAGAAUGAAAUAUAUCUUCCAGUCGGUUCACUCAAAUGGGCUGAUUUUUUGAUUAGCAAUAGAAGUUUGUUCAAAAUUUUUUUUAUAAAGAUAAUACAAACAAAUAUUACUAUCAAGUAUUAUUGUUGGUAUCAUGAAAACAAUUUCACUUGUUAUUAAGUAAGAAAAACUAUAUGUGAAGCGCUUCAUAGAUAAUAUUAAGUUCUUAUCUAAGACAAUAAAAAGAAGAAAUCAAAAUGAUCUUUAUCAAUGGUACCCUAUUAAUGUGAAUAGAGCAAAUUUUUAGAACUGCUCAGUUAGUUGAAAAGUUUAUUAUUACAAAAUUUCGAAUAUCUGUAUACGUAACAUCUUUUUUUUGUAAAUAAAAAAUACGUUUUUGAGCAUUUAAAUUGACAACUAUUAGUUUUCAAAUAACUUCCUCUUUAUGCAUGCAUAUAGUUUGUUUUCACUGCUUCUUCUUCUUCUUCUUCUCUUCGAUGGCAGCCGAAAAUUGUCUAUGGAACGUUUCAUAUGUAUUUUUCUUAGUUGAGAAUAGAUAACAGUUUCUUUAGUAAGGCCAAAAACUUAACCUAAUAGUAGUAUUUUUUUCUGAUAUCCGUGAUUAAAAAAAGGUUUAAAAAAGCUUCUAUCACAAACCAAAACAUUGUUCUUACAGAUCAAAAUCAAAUUAGUAAGUCAUUUUCUUACAAAAUGGUAAUAACAUUGAAUACUUAUUCCGAAGUGAACAAAGACAGAUAAAAAGACUCGUUGUCAUUCUGGUCGUGAUGGUACUUAAUUAAAAAAAAGGAAGUACGUCCACGACACUGCAUACGACGACGUUGAGUCUUAUAUAAUGAUGUUAAGUUCGCAUUAGUCUUAAUUGAUAAACGUGUUAGAAUGCUCUAGUAUGAAGAUUUCCUGAAGACCUUUCACACAUCUGAUUAAAACUUGGCAUAUGUCAAUCUUGUUACAUAUUGUAACCAAUGGCUUAUUAAUUGAAUUUUCUUUCCAUAGAAACGAAUAUCAAAUUUAAAAUUCUUGGGUGUGGAUAGGUACGAGUGAAGAAUAGGAACAGUCAUACCCAUCCAUCCACACAGUCAUUCCUUAUGGUGCUCAAAUAAAUACGGAAUAGGUCCGAUAUUUAUUUACAAGGACUUGAAAAUCCUUCGUUCUGAGAUUCUUCUAAGAAAAUCAAAUCUGAGCAUUCUGCAGUGGCGAAUUUGGACACUGUUCUUUAUUUUACAGCUAAGAUCAUCGUCUAGAGUUCAUAGAAACUCUUCUAGCAUUUCUAGACAAUGUUUUGCAGCAGAUCUUCUCCAAAAACCUGAUAAUAGCUUAACGUUACACUUUCUAUCUCUCCGAGGAUGUGGGGCAUGGGUGUGAGUGUGGGUAUGAGAUGUGGAUGUCCUUGACUAGAAGAUACAUACCCACUGCCACAGCCAUAUCUACACACCAACUUAAUUCACCUGAAUUAUACUUUAAGCGAACCAUAUCUAUGAAAUACGAUUGUUCUCUAUAGCCAUACUCUCAAUUCGAAAACCGAGCGCAUAACAAUACGUCAAAAAUCUUGAACUGAUACGUAUAUGUAUUCGUUUGAAAACAUUUUUAUGAUUUUUUUUCGUUAUGAUUCCGACGUGUUUUUAUGAGUUUAUUUUUCUUGUUUAUCUGAGUGGGUCUCGAGAAAAUUAUCGGCAAAGAUUCUAAAUGAAUCCCUAAGUUCUAUACUCACAAUCCUUAUUAGAAUCAUCAUAGCUUUUGCACGGAUUCGAAACGCUUAUUCUUGAAAGCCGUCAAAAAAGUUCGUGAAAUGUUACCGUAAAGGUUCUAAGAGUAGGCAUGAAUCGGAUUCCUGGUAUCCUCAUGAUAUCAUACCAAGACUUAUAAACUUGGCAUUCUGUCGGAGCAUAUUACUUUCUUGCUAAGAUUUUAGCUUGGUUUGGCUGUGAAUUUCAAUGGGGUUCUGCUAUGAAGAUGAUGAGAAGGCCUUGUUAAAACCUUUUGAAUUUAUGUUACAGUCUUCUGUGCUACAUAAGAUUCGAUCUAAUCUUUGCUGAAUUCUGAUAUUAUCGUGUCAAUAUCCCAUGAAAGAUCAGUGUUUUGUCUUCUGAGAAUGAGAAAUGCUUGUUCUUGAAAAUCUACUGAUUGCAUCUUGGAAAAUUUGAAAAAGAAUUCUUUUUUUCCAAGUAUACAUCCGAUUUCUGGUAUUCUCACGAAAUCUUGUUAGAAUUUUGCAGUUCAGGAUUCAUCAGGUGCCGGUUUUAUUCUUCAUUAUGCUUCUACUUUUAUAUAAUGAGAACUCUAAACCAGAUUCUCGUAUGAGGAUUUUGAACAUAUAUUUCUAAAAAUCGAAUAAUAUAGUGAUGAUGAAGAAAUAUUUGUAUCUUGAUGCAUUCGCUGAUUUCACUCAUAAAUAGACGAAUAGAUAGGUUAUGUAUCCAAGCUGUGAAUAUUUUCUUUUAUUUCAUUCUUCCCAUUCGAUUAAUCGAUAUUUCUCAUCAAGCAUAUGAUUUGCCAACCUUUUCUUGGUAAUGAGUCUAAGACAGUUUUAGGAUAUACUCAAGGUAACAUUUCUCUACCAGAGAAGCAAAUUUAAAUUUAAAUUUAAAUAGUAAAGACACUGAAAUUGAAAUAAAACACGUGUUUAUGAGCUUUCUUUUCUUGCUCGAUUUUAGGUGACUUUGUGCAUUCAGUUUUCAUCAGUCUUCGUUGCUUUAGAGUAUUUCAGCAUAUCGACUAUUUCAAAUUUGAAAAAAGGUUAUUUUUUAAUGACCCAAUUGCUUAUUUUUUUCUCUUCGGUUUGAUUUUGUGCAUUUCCAUAUUAUUUUCUAUUGAUUUUCUCAUUUCUUUGAAUAUUUAUCUCUUUCACUCAUAUUACGUAGUAAACGAUUCUUUUUUGUCGCAUUUUCAUUUCUAUUUAUGGAUUAGUUGACAUUUUUUUUAGGCAUUGACUGCAUUGUUUUUCUUAUAGUUAGUUGAAAAUUAAUGUAGAUGAUAGAUUGGCUACCGAAGGCAAGUAGUUGAAUACAAGUUUGUUUUAAAAUUUUUAGUACUUUCAUUGAAAUUGGACAUACAUGUAAAGCGAUUGAAUGUUUUUAUGCUUUUCUAUUCACGUCAGCAAAAAUGAUGAAAAAGCGAAUAGUUACAGUAAGAUAUCAUACAUAAGUUCCAAUUAUACUUUUCAUAAGGUUCGAGCUUAUUUUGAUUUAAUUUUUGUAUAUUUCAAAUAUACAAAGUCGAACAGAUUGAAAAGAUAUAUUUUUAAAUCUAAUAUCUAAAUUUUUAUUGAGCAUGUAUUGUACUCAACUGAUACCUUUGUUAAGAGGGUACAUUAUUAGUAACAUUUUUUUUAAAUGUGAUCAAAUUUUACAUCUUAAACAUGUCUAGAUCUAUUUUAACAUAAUACUCCAUAAGAACAUAAGAAUAAAAAUGAAUCACCGUUUAUUUUCGAAUGACACCCUUUCUUAAUAAUGAUAUCAACUUAGCAUAGUCAAUACUGAAUGAUAAUUCACAUGUUACAAAAAUAUAUGUUUUUUUAUGUUGUCUACCCAACUUUCUAUAUAUUGGAAAAAUACAAAAAGAAACACAUUUAAAAGUAGUAGAAUCAUUUUUAUCAUUAUAUCUUCACAUUUUGCUUUAGCCGCUUUCCCUAAAAGAAAAGUCGAUUUUCGUGAAAAACAUGAAAAUUGAGAUAAAUGCAUAGAAAGAUAGUACGAAGUCAAAUCUUGUAAAAACGAUAUGACAUUUUAUGUGGUACUUUGCUUUUGUUUCAAAAACUGUCUAUCCUUUUCUGCUUGAAAAAAUAUGGUUUCUGAGAUAAAUUGAAAAUCGUUUUCGCUUUUUCUUAGUUUAUGUUUUUUUGAUUGGGCAUCCUAGCAUGUUCAAGAGAGCUUCAUUGUAGCCUAUGACUUUUUCUUUGAUUUCAAAGAAUAUGUCAAGAUACAGAACAUGACAGAGUUCUUUCUUAAAUUGAUCUUCGUUAUUAUCGAAUAAAAUAGUAGUUAUAUAAUAAGAACGCCAUUUUUUGAGAAUGUAAGAAUUGUUAAAAAAAAAGAGAUCUGUCACGCACUGCAUCCUGACAUACUCUUUCAAACAUAGUUGAAUAUCUCCCAAAGUUGAGGGUGGAUGUGGACGUGUAUGGAAGGAAGCAGUCCACACUCACACUCACGUCAUAUUUAUAUCAUGAGUAAAACAUGAUGAGGAUACGUCGAAUGGUAUUUAAACAAACUUUCUAGCUGUCACAGUUUCGAAGAUAAUUGAUAAAAAAUGUGUCAAGAAAAGUAACAGUAUUACGUUUGAAUAAGAUGUUUCACUCAAAACAAGAUAUUUUUGAUUCAAACAACAAAAGAAAUCUAGAAACUUCAAGUAUGAGUAAAUUUUUAUAGGAUCAUAUAUUUUUAUAUUUGAAUUUUGGACUGACUUGUUGGCCUAAUUUUGCAAGCGCAAGUCAUAUAAAAAAUGACAAAAUAGGAAAUAAAUGAAAAAAAGGAUCAAAAUUGUAAUUUUUGUGUGUCGAAAAGUUGUUCACUGAUGUUGACUUUAAUUUGAAACAACCCCAAGUUCAAUAGCUUUAAAUAAUGAUAUAGUCUUAAGAGAUUCUCAAUAUAAGGAAUAAAUAUCGCCUAUCCAUAAGUUAAAUAAUUAUUGUUGAAAAUUGUAGACCCGGAAAUGAACCUUGCUAAGCCCCAAAUGAGAGCUAAGAAUAGAUUUCUCUAUGUAAAAAAAAGAGCAGAUUAUAACAAUCGAUUCUAGAAGAACAACAUAAUAUGUUAAAAAAAUAACUUCUAAUGAGCAUGUGAUUUUGCAGAUAAAACUAUGAAAAACAAAAAGAAAAGCAAUAGAGAAAUUUCAGUUGUGUAGUCUGAAGAAGUUUCUUUUGUCGAGACUGUUCUUUAACAUACAUUUAACGUACAUAUAGAAAAAAAAAUUGAUAAGAAAACUAAUGAAAUAGUUUCAACUUCUAAUAUUUUUUUGUUUUUAAUUUAAAAAUACAUGUAGAACUAUGAACUUUUUUUAUUCUUUUUCUCGAUCUAUGAAGCAAAUUGCAAGUUCGUUUGAACUUAGAAAAAAAAGCAAUUUCCUAAAUAAUUGAAUAUUCUCUCAUGAAGUUGCUAUAAUAUCUAAUAAUAUAUAAAGUUCUAUUGAAAACAAAUAUGAAUGUAAUAAAGAUUUUUCUUCUGUUCUAAUUAGUUUAUUUCUAUUAUUUAAUGACUCUCUGUCUCGCUCUAUCUAUUAGUCAAUAAAAGGAUGUGAGAUUCCAAUGUUUCCUAUAUAUAUAUAUAUGCAUAUUCAUAAUUACAUCUUUCAUAGAACUCAAAAAGAAAAUUCAUUAUUUGUAAUAGAAUGAUUAUCGUGAUCUAUUUCUCUUUCCAAGCAAAACAAGAACUUUAUGUAUUUGUAUUAAUGAUUUAUUAAUUACGUACGAUGACCUACUCUUCAACUCUACUAAAAUCUUUUUUGAAGUGCACUAAUUCAAAUAUAAGAUACAGUAAAACCUCCCAUAGUGGACACCUCGUUAUAGUGGACACUUUGGGACCCGACCAAACGAUUUUUGCUGUAAUUGAACCUCCGUAUAGUGGACACCUCCAUAUAGUGGACACCCCCAUAUAGUGGACACUUUUUCACAGUCCCUUUUGCAUAAAUGACCUCUAUAUAGUGGACACUAGUUAUGAACUCAAAGAAAAUGUCGCAAUGACUACCGUCGAUGACACAAUAUAAUGAUCUUCUUUAUUGAUCAGGCGGUGGAAUGAAAAAAAAAAUACGUCUGAGUUAUAGAAAAAGAAAACGUCCGUCGUGUUAAAUAGAGAAGACGUGUAGAUAAAUAAUCGCAUUGUAAAACUUGUGUCAUUUUGUUACUAUCAUUAAGAAAAAGUGAACAUUUAUCUGGAUUCGAAAGCGGCGAAACAAAGUUCUAUCAAAGACUAUUUUGACAAUUGUUAAUUUUUCUAUUUUCAAAAAUUAUAAUAUAUGAAAACAGAAGUAAUAACUUGCUCUAUCCGAUUAUCUUAUUCACUAGUACUUCAGAUGCCUAAAAUCGUGCCUACUUCUUCGAAAAAGAUAUUGUUCUUGAAAAACACUUAACCUCCUCAUAGUGGACACUUUUGAAAGGUCCGAAGGGUGUCCACUAUAGAGAGGUUUUACUGUAUAAAGAUAGUCGAAAUGAAAAACAAAAAAAAACAUAUAUCAAUAGUUAUUCUAUGAUAAAUUAAGUAAUAAAGAAAACCAAAAAGAAAACACUUCAGUGUCAAAAUAAGGAAUCUGAAACAAGCGAAAAUUUGGAACGAUGUUGACUUUGCAAAAACUCAAAUGAACUUUUCACUUUUUUCUCUCUUAUUUUACCCUUUCUCCUUUCUCUCUCGAUUUCAGUCCAUCCAUUACGUGGGAGUUCAAUUGAUAUUCAUCCGAAUGCUCGAUGGUACCAGAAUGGUCUCACUGUAGCUGGAGAAAAUCGACAAGGCAAUGGAAUCAAUCAACUCUCGUACCCAUGGGGUUUGUAUGUUGAUGAUGAUCAAACAAUUUAUGUUGCUGAUACAUCGAAUCAUCGUAUUGUGGAAUGGAAACAAGGUGCAACGAAUGGCCAAGUGGUUGCCGGUGGAAAUGGACAAGGAAGUGGAGAUCAUCAAUUGGAUGACCCAUAUGAUGUGAUUAUCGACAAAGGGAGAGAUAGUCUCAUCAUAUGCGACUAUUCGAAUGGAAGAGUGGUUCUAUGGCCUCGUCGGAAUGGGACAAGUGGAGAAACAAUCAUCUCCAACAUCUUAUGUGUGGGUUUGACAAUGGAUGAGAAUGGAUCUCUCUAUGUCACUGAUGAUGUAAAAAAUGAAGUGAGACGAUAUCGAAGAGGAGAAUCUCAAGGAACAGUGGUUGCUGGUGGCAAUGGACGUGGAAAUCGUCUCGAUCAACUCUCUCGCCCCGAAUACGUAUUCGUCGAUCGAGAUCAUUCAGUGUACGUAUCUGAUUGGAGAAAUCAUCGUGUGAUGAAAUGGAUGGAAGGUGCAAAACAAGGCAUUGUCGUGGCUGGUGGUCAAGGAGAAGGAAAUGAUCUUACACAAUUGUCAUAUCCUCGAGGAGUCGUUGUCGAUCAAUUUGGCACUGUCUAUGUGGCUGAUUGGGGGUAUAAUCGAAUCAUGCGUUGGUCUAAAGGAGCUACACAAGGAAGUGUCAUUGUUGAUAGAAACGGUAGUGGAGGACAAUCGAACCAACUCAAUGGACCAGUCGGUUUGUCAUUUGAUCGACACGGUAAUCUCUAUGUCGUCAAUUGGGGAAAUCAUCGAGUACAAAAAUUCAAUCUCGAAUUCAAUGGAUAG